UAGCGUCAAACUGGGGGCUGGAUUAUACCAAUUUCUAAACAGAUUUGGGUCACGCAAACCCUGCCGCUCGGAGCUAAAUUUAGAAGCUGCUGCUUUCGCGUGAAGUCAUGAAAACCAGGGGGAUGCAGUGUUACCAGGGCUGGGAGUGGAGUCGACUUUUCCAUUUGUGACACUCAACGCCGCACGUUGGCUGAGGCUGAGGCGCCGUGCGUUUUUACGCUGGGGAGAGGGACGCUGGAACGACGCUGCGCGCCGCAGCAUGAGCGUCUGAUAGUGUCUGCGCUCCUCUAUGUCUGCAAAACAUGUCCUUUUUGAGCCUACCAAGCCAGGACGGCCUUUUCACGGCGAUCAAAGCAGGGAAGUCAGCCGCGGGGGCAGAGGCUCGGUCACGCACGGACGCAGGGGACGACAAUGAGGAAGAGGUGGAGGAUGAUGACACGGAGGACGUGCGGCUCAUCCCCAGGUGUUCCCCGGUGCCCCGCAAGCGAGGCGCGUCCAUCUACGAGGAGACUGCCGAGUACAUGCGGAUCCACUUUGCGCUGGCCGCGGGGAAGAGGGUGUCGUUCGCGGACACAACAGGUGGGGAUCUAGUGGACGUGCGGGAAUUCGUCGCCUUCGACUCCGACGAGGAAUCGGACAGUGCAAAGUGGGAGCAAGAGCAGGCAAAGUACCGGAAGCCAGACCGGGAGCCCACCUACAGCCUGCACCUGGAGUUUCAGACCCCCCCACCGGAAGCCCUGCUCCACGCUGUGCGCAACAACAAAGUGGAAGUGGAGCAGAUCGCCCCUGCAGAGGAUGACCCCCUCGCCUUUCGUGGUGUAAUACGCGUCCUUAACGUCUCCUUCCACAAAGCAGUGUACAUCCGAUCAACCAUGGACAACUGGGCCAACUACUUUGACCAUCCAGCAGAGUAUGUGCAGGGAUCCCACCAUGAAGACACCGACCAGUUCUCCUUCAAGUUGUGCUUUGCGCCACCUUUCACCUCCCACGGCUCUCGCCUUGAGUUUGUCGUUCGCUACGAAACUGCAGAGGGGGAUUUCUGGGCUAAUAACUCUUCCCUGAAUUAUGGGGUCACUCUGCUCUUGUCCUAUGAGGAUGAACCAGCUGUGGCAAUUGCAAACACUGAUGAGCAGCAGAUACGAAGCAUCCUGAAACCUCCCAAAGUAUACAGUCUGAAUGAUGAACCCGAGUCUGAUGAAGAGCAGGACAGAGAAGAAGAGGAAGCAGGGAUCUCAAAGACGGAAGUUGCCAGGCCUGUACCUAUGUGUCCGGUCAUCAUACAGCCAGACCUUGAUUUAGAGGCUGCAUCAUGUGGCUCCCUCACUACUUCCAACCACAAGCCUUUAUCUGUUGGUGACCACUCAUCUCCUAUUGUGUCGUCAGCAAAACCGUUUCCUUGCAUGUCUUCUGAAACCACUCUUCAGUCUAAUUCUACACACCAUGCCAGCAAACCCAUUCAGCCAAAAGAGUCACAGCCUUUACCCAGAAUCCACUUUGAUUUGGUGGAGCAAAUGUCAGAGCAGUCCACACCCAGUGGUCCCCCAACACUGGUGGCCACCUCAUCUUCCUCACUUCAAGAGUCCAGGCAAAUAUCAGAACACUUCCAGGCUGAGAAAGGCGGGGUCACACAUCUUCUCGCCAUUGAAAGGAAUUUGUUGUCAUCAAUAGAAGAGGAUGAAACUGAGCUGCCUGCUGAGUGUGCCUCGACUCACAGUGUGACUCGGGUCUCCGAGCAAGAGGUCACGUUGAGUUUCAGUGAUCUUGCUAAAAGGCAUGUAGAAGACUCCGUGAAGUCUGCAGAGCAUAUAGCCCGCGGGGGCGGAUGUUUGUCCUCGAUGGCAGAUAGUCGGGUGUCUGUGGGAGCAGAGGAAAACGCAUCCACACUCCAAGAGUUUACAGAAAACCCUUCAGUAAACACAGGCCUUACUGAGGUGAGUUCAAACAAAGCUGCUCUGUCUGUGUCAGCCUGGGAAGAGAAGGAAGGUGGUCCAUGUAUUUACUCUAAAACAACACCAAAAAGUGAACCACUCAUUCAGGCGGAAGUCUCUGGCCUUCUAUCUGAGAGUGCAAUGAAUCUGAUGCCAUGCAUUUUUUUUCUUAGUGGAGUUGUCUCCUUCUCAGUAGUGAUGCAGACACCCACUGCCCUCUUCUUCAUUGGACUGUUUCUGGUUUUGCACCACCUGUGACUUUUUUUCCCCAAAGGUUUGUUCUCCUAAUUCCUUCAGUGCCUUUUGUGAUCCCAGAUUAAGCCAACAAGUAGAAACGGUACACCUGUGUCUCUUCACAGAAGUAGUAGUUUAUAUGUGCAAUAUGUAAAGAAAUCUUUAAAAAUGAUUGAAAUAUUGUUCAAAUGAUGCAAUAGCUCAGUUUACACUGUUUAAUCACCAAAAACUCAUCAGUACUUCAAUGCACUUUAGUGACUGCCGUCAAUUGAAGCCGUCUUUGAACCCACACAUUGGAAAAAGUUGGAUGUAGCUACUGGGUUGAGGAAGUGCCUUAAACUGUUGUUUAUUUGUGUUUGAUGUCACCGGAUGUGACUGGGAAACUAAAGACUACUAAAAAAAA